CUAAACUUUAGCUCCACUUUCAACCCGAAAAGGCCCAAUCAAGAUCCGACAACCCGGUAACUAUACAUAUACCUAUAGAGACACCGAAAAAUCAAGAAAUUUGAUAAAUUCAACCGAAGCUUUGAAGGAGAAUUCUGGGGUUGUGAUAUCUUGAGGAUUUUGCAUUUUGAAGUUUUUUUUGUACAAUGGAAAGUUCUGUAGCUGCAGAAAAUGAUAGUAAUCCCCCAGAGGAUAAUGUGAAGGAGAGGUGUUGGGACCAAAGAGAGGCGCUGCCGGGUGAGCCUCGAUGUGUCGUAUGUGGCCGCUAUGGUGAGUACAUUUGCGAUGAGACUGAUGAUGAUAUUUGUAGCUUGGAAUGCAAAGGUAUAUUGUUGUCGCGACUUGCAAAAUUGCGGAAACCAACUUCUCGUCCAUGUCCUGUGAAGUUACCAGCAACUGAUGAGUGCUAUUAUGUAAGGGAUAAUGAUAAAUCUGAAGUGAAUCCACUAACAACUGACCAGACUGAACUUCUGAGAAGGAAACUUGAUAUUCUUGUGAAGGGAGAUACUACACCGCCUCCCAUCUUGUCAUUUGCUUCUUGCAAGCUACCUCAGAAGCUUCUCGAGAAUAUUGAAGUUGCUGGUUAUGAAAUGCCAACUCCUGUUCAAAUGCAAGCAAUCCCUGCUGCUUUAGCACGGCAAAGCUUGCUUGUUUCAGCGGAGACUGGUUCUGGUAAAACUGGCUCUUUUCUAAUUCCUAUUGUUUCUCAGUGUGCAAAAUUCAAUGAAGAGCAUUUCCAAAACCAGCAACAACCAUUAGCUAUGGUUCUCACACCUACUAGAGAACUCUGCAUACAGGUAGAGGAUCAAGCUAAGGUGCUCGGGAAGGGUUUGCCAUUCAAAACUGCAUUGGUGGUAGGUGGUGAUGCCAUGGCAGGACAGCUCCACCGCAUCCAGCAGGGAGUAUCUUUAAUUGUGGGAACUCCUGGAAGGCUCAUUGACCUUUUAACGAAACACGAGAUUGAACUGGAUACUAUUUCAAUUCUUGUUCUUGAUGAAGUUGAUUGCAUGCUCCAAAGAGGUUUCCGUGAGCAGGUGAUGCAGAUUUUUACGGCUCUGUCUCAACCUCAAGUGUUAAUGUAUUCCGCUACAAUUCCUAAAGACAUAGAGAAAAUGGCAAGCUUAAUGGCGAAAAAAGUUACUGUCAUCUCUGUUGGGAAGCCAAAUAAACCUAAUCAGGCUGUCAAGCAGUUAGCUAUUUGGGUUGACUCGAAACGGAAGAAGCAAAAGCUUUUUGAUAUUUUGAUGAGCAAGCAGCAUUACAAGCCACCAGUUAUUGUAUUUGUGGAUUCUCGACUCGGAGCAGAUCUCCUUUCUAAAGCAAUAACAGUAAGUACUGGGCUAAAAGCAUUAUCAAUUCAUGGUGAGAAAUCCAUGAAGGAUAGGAGAGAAAUUGUAAGAUCAUUUCUAGUUGGAGAAAUUCCAGUUAUUGUGGCCACAGGAGUGUUGGGUCGAGGAAUUGAUCUGUUGACUGUGAAACAGGUUAUUGUGUUUGAUAUGCCAAAUUCCAUCAAGGAGUAUGUGCACCAGGUGGGAAGGGCAUCUAGAAUGGGGGAGGAAGGUACAUCAAUUGUCUUUGUGAAUGAAGAGAACAAGAAAUUGUUUCCCCAGUUGGUUGAAGCUCUUAAAACAUCUGGUGCUGCAAUUCCCCGAGAGCUUGCUAAUUCACGGUAUUCUGUUGGCUCUUUCUCUGCUGGCAGAGGUCAGAAAAAACGAAAACAUGGUUUCUGAAGAUGUUGCUCCCCUUCCUCUUCCUUAACAUUAAGCUCCCC